AUGGCCAAUGACUACAAUAAUGCUCAUAAAAAGAACAUUAAAACAAAGCUGAUCACUGAGAAACUGAAAGGUGUCUGUGAACAAGUUUCUGAUGUUCAUGAGAAAACGGACACUGAAGGGAAAUUCUCCUACUACAACUCCAAGUGGAAUGUGACCAUGGAGUACUAUGUAGUCCAUACCAACUAUGAGGAGUAUGUCAUGAUUCUGACACAUAAAUUCAGGCACUCUGGACCUUCUACAACUGUGACUCUCUAUGGUCGGAGACCCCAGGUUCGAAACAGCCUCCUGGAGGAAUUCAAAGACUUUGCCCUGAGUUUGGGCAUCCCUGAAAGUUCUAUCUAUUUCAAGUUAGACAAAGGUGAAUGUGUUCCUGGGGAGAGAGAACCUGUCCCCCAGCCUCAGAGAAACCGGCGGGCUGUGUUACCUCUGGAAGCUGAGGCAUCUGGAGGUGGUCCACUGACCUCUGGGCUUGUCAAAAAAGAAGAUUUCUGCCACCUGAAGCAGGACGUGGGGCCAUGCCUAGGGAUGAUCAACAGAUUCUUCUAUAACGUCUCUUCCAUGGCCUGUGAGCCUUUCCACUUCGGGGGCUGCCUUGGCAACGGCAACAACUUUAUCACUGAGAAGGAGUGUCUCCAGACCUGCCGGACAGAGGCUGCCUGCAGACUGCCCAUCAAGGCUGGCCCCUGCCGGGGGAACUUCAUGCAUUGGGCUUUUGAUGCUGCCCAGGGGAAGUGCAUUGUUUUUUACUAUGGGGGCUGCCAGGGCAAUGGGAACAAGUUCUACACGGAGAAAGAGUGCAAGGAGUACUGCAGUGUGCCUGGGGAUGGGGCCGAGGAAUUCCUGGGACUCUCCAACUGACCUCAGAUCUCCUUUUUCGUGUGCCUGACCAGAAGGUAGCCAGCCACAUGUCCCUGGGAAAGCUGAUAAUGACAGAGGAAGCCAAGCCUAACCUAGGUCCCAAUCACCCUAAAUUAAGACAAGUCUUUAAAGACAAAUCCCUGGGGCAGCUGGGUGGCUCAGUGGAUAGAGCACCAGGAUCUACAGUCAGGAGGUCCUAGGUUCAAA